AUGGCGACUGCUGGUGUUUUGCCGCUCGUCAUCAAUGGCCAAGACUACUUCCCAGACAAGACCUUCGACGUCAAAUCUCCAUCUACGGGCCAGGUCAUCCACAAAUGUGGUGCUGCUUCCGUAGCAGAUGCCGCAAGAGCUGUCGAUGCCGCGGCCGACGCUCUCAAGUCAUGGCGCAAAACAACGCCCUAUGAGCGACAAGACAUCUUUCUCAAAGCCGCCGAAGUUAUGGAGGGCCGUCGCGACGAUCUUAUCAAGCAUAUGACUGACGAAACUGGAGCUACGCGAGGCUGGGUCGACUUCAACAUCAGCAGAACAAUCGACCUCCUCAAAGACACCGCCGGCCGCAUCCCAACUAUGGAAGGCUCGUUUCCGCCAACAGUUGACCGCAACAGAAGUGCAAUUGUCAUGCACGAGCCUUAUGGUGUCGUGUUAUCCAUUGCACCAUGGAACGCCCCGUAUAUCCUUGGCACCAGAUCGAUUGCAUAUCCAAUCGCUAUGGGAAACACUGUAGUCUUCAAGGCAUCCGAGCUGUGCCCCAAAACCUUGCGGGCGAUUGUCGAUGUGUUUCAUCAAGCUGGACUUCCUAAUGGUGUGUUGAAUAUGAUUGCUCACGCCCCCGCCGACGCGGCGGCCGUUACAUCUUCCUUGAUAACCAAUCCGCAUGUCAAGAAGAUCAACUUCACGGGCAGUACCAACGUCGGUCGAAUCAUUGCAAAGCAGGCCGGGGAGCAUCUUAAGCCAGUAGUCUUGGAACUCGGCGGCAAAGCUCCAGCCAUAGUCUGGGAAGACGCAGAUUUGGAUCUAGCUGCCAAACAAUGCGCGACGGGCUCAUUCUUGCACAGCGGCCAAAUUUGCAUGAGCACAGAGAGAAUCUUGGUGCACAAGGCCGUAAGCGAUGCUUUCCAGCAGAAAUUCGCCGCUGCGGUUGCGAAUAUGUUCCCUGUUGAUGGAGAUGCGCCCAUUCUCAUCAACACCGCCGCGGCCCAAAAGAACAAGCAGCUCGUUUCUAAUGCCACUGAGCGCGGGGCAAGCACCUUGUACGGCGACAUCCACGCUCAGGAAAUUAGUCACAACAGGCUGCGGCCCGUCAUCCUGAGCGGCGUCACUUCCGAGAUGGACAUUUACAAGACGGAGGCUUUCGGACCUACCGUUUCAGUAAUCGAGAUUGAAUCCGAGGAAGAAGCCAUCCGUAUCGCCAACGACACAGAGUAUGGGCUGACGUCCGCCAUUUUCACUGAAGACCUAAGAAGAGGGCUGCGUUUCGCCGCGGAACUGGAGACUGGUGCAGUCCAUAUCAACAGCAUGAGUGUUCAUGAUGAGACCUCAUUACCUCAUGGCGGCACCAAGGCAAGUGGUUAUGGACGAUUCAACGGCUCAAUAGGACUAGCUGAGUGGACAAGGACCAAGAAUAUUACUUUUGAGAAGUAG